GAGAACCACAUCACGCCCUAUUUUGUGUUUCAGGGUGUUGCACCCGGGCCACAACAUUCGAUGUUCGUGAGUCGGAUGGACCACCAGAUGGACUUGGCGUGGAAGUAUCUCUCCCAUGGCGAGAAAUCCGCCGCACAGAAGUGCUUUGCCGUCUCCACAAGUCGCAUCAAUGGCGACUUCGUGUAUUUCAUUUUUCACCACCUUCGGCAAAAGGGCUACGAAUGCUUCCAGGCCCCGUACUUUGCCGGCGCCCAGCUUGCGCAUUUCGCGGCAGAGGGCCUCGUGCAGACGAUUUUCGGUCCCCCAGGGCUGCUCCUUUAUGGAGUCAAGACGGUGAUCAUCCAUUUGAACUUUGGCCAGAACACCUUCGACUGGGUCGACCUGGACAGCGUCCUCAAGAAAUGGGACCUGACAUGGGACUCAUUUGUGGAGGCCUGCAUGCUCGCCGGGACAGAGUACUGCCUGACCUACCCGUACUUGAACUUGAGCCCAGCGCCCGUGCAGCCGGUGCAGACUCAGCAGCAGCAAGCGCGUUUUAAUUUCGAGGCGGCCGUGUACAUCAUCAAGCAGGGCCCCCUGAUUGAUUGGAUGGGCCACUUUCCCUCUGAGGACAUGAAAAACGACCACGUGGAUGGAUAUUGCAUUUGCAAGGUGCUGGUCCAGAAUUCCCCGGUUUUGCACCUGCAGGACUAUGCCAUCCGACCGCUCGGUGCUUGCAAGGCGGGAGACGCACCUCCUCAAGUGCCCAGCGAUUUCGCAGCGAUCAUGGGUCAGAAGCUUCCUCCUGCCCUCUACUACCUCAUGCUCCAUGGCAUUAUAUCACACAAGCUGCCCCAGGCCCUUGCCAAGGGCGAAUGGACAGACAAGUCACAGCCGCUGGUUGACACGAACGAGUUUCGGUCACUCCUCAACGAUCUGCAGGAUUAUCGACGGGUGGCCCUCGGAUUGGUGGCCCAGCACCUUCACCGAAGCUUUCAGCACAAGAAGAUUCUUUGCAAGGCCUUCUGGGAGUCGAACGUCAUCCGCACCGCCAUCUCAGGGGACGCCAACAAGAUCCCCAACGACGCGCGCAUCCUCGAGCCUGAGAUUAAAGACGGGCUUCGAUGGAAGAUAACGAAGUGGGCGGUGCAGGCCGAAAUGCAGAGGCAGAAGGUGGACAAAGUAGACUUCAAGUUCUGCCUGCAGUGGCAUGCUUACGAGUACGAGAACGAUGGCCCCCUGAUCCAGGGCCUGAAGGACCCGGGCCCUAUUUACUACGAGGCGGAGCUUCGGUGUCUUACCGCCCUCGUGCACUUCAUAGUCCUCGAAAAGCUCGAGCUGAUCGAGUCAGAGGAAGGGGCACCGACAGUUCUUGGCGACGUGCUGAAAGACACACCCGCCAACCUUACAGAACCAUGCCUGACAGCAUUGGAGCUGAUGAAGUACGGCACGCUCAAUGGCGAUCCUUUCGAGGUGCCAGCCCCAAUCCCGCCGGAGGGUGAGAAGCCCUUUCCGGCAGAUGUUCACUACCCAGUGCUGAGCAAGUUGGGGCCGGACGAGCGCGAUCGAGUCACGUGCACCUUCCUCCUCUGUCGGGUGAUGUCACUGGUGCCCAUGCGCCUGAAGAAUGUCAUGUGGGAUUCGGACGUGGACUUCGACCUGGCAGCUUUUCAUGCCCUUGUACGGAUCUUGAAGCGCUCCCUCAGGCAGCUCGUGGAGGGAGCCCUUGCAAACAUCCUGCUCAAGGAUCUGAGCAAGGUGAAACUCUUGCCCAAGGGCUUCAUGUGCGCGUCACCGCAGAAGGAUUAUCCAAACACGCCGGCUGAGCUGCCACCGUUCAUGCUUCCACGCGCGUGCAUGGGCAUCGUGGUGAAGUACUUCCUGGACUACAAAGGAGACAACUUCAAGCACGAUGUGACGAAGCGCUUCCAGUGCUGUGCACAGCCGGUUGAGGACCUCAAGCUGGCGCUCACCUUCUGGGAGGACAUCCGGCGUUGUGUGGACACCAUCGCAGAGCAGCUAGAAGCUGACGAGCUCAGCGAGAACAUGCGGAAGGCCAGCGAGAUCUUCCUGAAGCCUCAGCGGGAUCGGUUAGGUCUCUGA